AUGGAUUUUGGACUUUUCGUGUUGACAUUCUUCGACAACACGUGGCACAAGAUUGGAGUCUCAUUCACUCCUGACCGCUUCGAGGUCUUCCUAGACUGCGCCAAGGUCGGGUCAGCCUACCCUCACCUCACAAACUUCUCUCACAUAAGCCUCAACGGAGAGAUAUGGAUGGGCAGGAAGAGUGUCGACAUCGGAAUUGACUUUGACCUUCAGUGGGCUAUGAUAAACUGCGAUCCGAGAAUCCCCAUGUACGAAAAUUGUAUCGAUCUACUGCCAGUACCGAGAGCAACCCUCACACCAGCCACCGACCAACUAUUACCUACGACAACAACAUCAACAACAACAUCAACAACAACAACGACGACGACAACAUCAACAAAACCGCUAGACUUUUUCCAUAUGCCGCGAUACAGACUUCGCAAUCGUUACAAUUUUGAUCUGCAUGAGAUUGUCACGGAAAGGAAACUAUUGGAGAAGCAACUCCUAAAACUGGAGAUAUUCCUAACUCGCCUCGAACAACUAAUACCACCGAAAAUGUAUGCAGACGUCGGUUUUGAUGGAUAUGAUGAUGUUUUGGAAGAAGAGGACAGCAGAGACUUUGGAGUUGGUUAUUAUCAGCGGUAUCACCAGCAUAGAAAUCCCCACCAGAUGAUUAGUGACGGGGAAUACCAUAGGGCGACAGCCAAUCGAGGUGAGACGGGGCGAAAUAAAUAUUCAAUGAAAUAA